UUCGCCUUUGUUCGUUUUCUCCGUCUUUCUUUCUCGCCACUGAGUCGUCGGAGAGACAAGUGAGAUCGCCGUAGAAUUGACGGCGGCGAGUGGUUGCCGAUGGAGAGCGCCGACAUGUUCUUGGGGCUUCACGAUUUCCUGGAGCGGAUGCGCAAACCCUCCGCCGCGGAUUUCGUCAAAUCCAUCAAAAGUUUCAUUGUUUCAUUCUCAAAUAAUGCGCCCGACCCAGAAAAGGAUUGUGCUGCAGUUCAGGAGUUCUUUUCCAAGAUGGAGGCCGCUUUUAGGGCUCAUCCACUUUGGUCUGGUUGCUCUGAGGAGGAGUUGGAUAGUGCCGGAGAAGGGCUCGAGAAGUAUGUCAUGACGAAGUUAUUCACCCGGGUUUUUGCUUCAAACCCGGAGGAGGCUAAAUUUGAUGAGCAACUCUUUCAGAAAAUGGCAUUGGUUCAACAAUUCAUUUCUCCUGAGAACUUGGAUAUAAAACCAACUUUUCAAAAUGAAACGUCAUGGCUGCUAGCUCAAAAAGAGCUGCAGAAAAUAAAUAUGUACAAAGCUCCUCGAGAUAAGCUCGUGUGUAUCCUCAACUGCUGCAAGGUGAUCAAUAAUUUGCUAUUUAACGCGUCAGUUGCUUCGAAUGAGAAUGCACCUGGAGCUGAUGAAUUUCUUCCUGUCCUGAUUUAUGUUACCAUAAAGGCUAAUCCUCCACAACUUCAUUCCAACUUGUUGUACAUACAAAGAUUUAGACGUCAAUCUAAACUGGUUGGUGAAGCUGCCUACUUCUUCACAAACAUGCUUUCUGCAGAGUCCUUCAUCUCUAAUAUUGAUGCAAAAGCCAUUUCAAUGGAAGAAGCUGAUUUUGAAAAGAACAUGGAAUUCGCCCGAGCACUUCUUUCUGGUUUAGACAGCCAGUCCACUCAAUUUGAUCAGAGCACGGCACUUCCCCCUCGUGAUGAACCUACUGUUCCAAAGGAUCAAAUGUUGAAUUCUGAGAAGGAAAAAGGCCUUCCACAGUCACAGUCGUCUGAUUAUCUUUCUGGAAACAAGGAGGGAACGAAUCUGAACAGUCAGAUGCCACUCACGAAAGCGGAAUCCCUUUCAGAUUUCGAAAAUAAGGGUGCUGCCUUGCUUUUGAAGGAUAACCAGGCAAGCAAAGUCUUUCAGGAAUAUCCUUACAUAUUUUCCGCUGCCGGUGAUUUGACCAUAAGCGGUGUCGAAGACCUGCUAAAUAAUUAUAAGCAACUCGUUUUCAAGUAUGUUUGCCUUUCCAAAGGAUUGAGCGGUUCAUCAACAUCCUCUGCACCAUCCAGCAUCUCACCCUUGCCAGUGCCAUCCAGUUCUGACACCUCUAAGGAAUCUGAAGAUAAAGUAUAUAGUUCAGAUACUAAAUUAAAGACGGAAAUUGAUGAGAAGGAUUUGAGCAGAGUUUUUCGGUUCGAGGGGGGAAAUGUGGUGCAUAAGCUCCCACAUGAAGAUACUGCUGCAAAGGUGCCCGAAACAAAGGAUGAAAAUGCUGAUCCCGGACCAGAAAAUGCAGGAGCUGGUAGCAAAGCUUCACAAACCGAUGAUGAAGAAGAUAUUGAUUCGGAAAGACAACCUGCAGAAACUAAAGCUGCCAACUCUAGUAGUCCUUGCUGAAAACAAAGACUUCAUUUCCAAGCUUUCAAGUGUGGAAGAUAAAGAUGAACAGGCUGAGAUUUCCGGUGACCCUUGAAAGUGAUGGGUCUUUUGUACUAGAAGAAGGCUCAAACAUGUUUUUUCCCCUUGAGUGACAAAUGGCCAAAUCCGCUAUGCUUUCUGAUUUCUUUGUUUGAAGUCACCAUUAACGGGAAGCAAGCAUGAUAACAAAAUUGAGUGGGUAUGAACUGUUGUUUUUCUGAAAUCAUUUAUUUCGAUAUGUAAAAUAGUGUCUCGUUAGGAUUUUCAAGAUGUUGCACCAUAUAUGCACGUUGAGCUCUGGAGCUUCUACUUGCGAUGAUACGAGGAUUGAAGGUGAAUAAAGAAUCAGACAGAUCUUUUGUGGAUCA